GUGAUUUCCUGAUUGCAGGUGUUGGCGUGUGUGUUGCUUAUUUCAAUGUUUCAAAUAAAAUAAAGAUGAAGUGACAUGUAACUGGAUCAGCCAGCGCUGAGCCAUGACUGCGCUGGAGAAGAGCGGCAUAGUCGAAGUCUGGGCCCUGGACCAAUGGCACGAAUCGUUCGUGACCCUCGAAAGCGAAUUCUUGGUCAUCUCGCUCCAAGACUCCGCCGUGCAAAACGGGUCAGGCAGCGGCAAUGACUCGUCUUCCCUCGCGUCCCCGAACGGCACGGAAAGUGGCGCCUAUGAAGCGCCGCCGGACGCCAUUGCCAACGAAAAGCGAGUCGUCCGUGUGGUUAAGAGCGAGAAAAGCGGCUUGGGCAUUUCUAUUAAAGGAGGCAAGGAAAACAGAAUGCCAAUUUUGAUCUCCAAGAUUUUCAAGGGCAUGUCUGCGGACCAGACGGAACAGUUGUACGUGGGAGACGCGAUUUUGUCGGUGAAUGGAGAAGAUUUGAAGGAUGCGACGCAUGAUGACGCGGUUGGGGCAUUGAAACGUGCCGGAAAAGUUGUAGAACUUGAAGUCAAGUACUUGAAAGAAGUGACGCCGUUUUUCAAGAAAACGUCGCUUUUGCGAGAAAUCGGCUGGGAACUGCAGCGCGGAUUUCUCGGCAUGGAUUUAUCGUCUCCAACAAAGUCUUCGUUGCAUCCAUCUUUGGCUGGGAUGAGAAGUGUCCCACUCAUGUUGAGCUUCCUCGCUCGGAAUCUGAAGAAACCUGAUCCAGAAAACCGGACAGUUGAAGUUCAUUCGCCGGAUGGGCUGCGUUGUUGCAUACUGCGAGCGUCAUCUCCGCAAGAAGCGUCUUCUUGGUUCAACGCCAUUCAUGCUGCGCAAAGCGUUCUCGUUAAUCGCGCAUUAGCUGAAGUGAAUAAUUGCGAACCGCUUGAUAAACUCAUGCUUCGAGGGGAUGAAGUCAGGUCCAUGGGGUGGCUUUGUCGUCGAGCAGAAGAUCCAGAACGGUAUGUGCUGAAAUCUGAGUUUGCAUGUGAUAUGAGUAUGAUUGAAGACACUUCGAAAGAUUUUUUGCUCUCCGUGCCUACUUCUGAAAUGAAUGGAUUGAAGAUUGGCCAUUUCGUGAAUUCUGUCGUCUUCCAUGUUGAAAUAUCUGGAAAGGAUCUUUGGAGUCCAACUUUUGUUGCCCUGACGAGGACGAAUUUGCUGAUGUACACCGUUGCGCCGUGGUCGAUUGAAAGUUGGCCGAAUCCGUCGAAGGCCUUGCCAUUAGUGACGACGCGUUUAGUCAACACUUCGCCCGGUGAUCACCACAAUAAAUUCGUCAUUCGAACCGGAGUGAAAGACGGUGUGGAGACGCAAGAGUUUCGGUGUGAAACCCAUCGGGACUUGGCACACUGGGCUCGAAGUCUGGUCAAGGGCAGUCAUGCCGAAGCACUUGCCAUGCGCGAAUUUUCUUGCAUUUGCGAAAUGAUCCUUGAAGCCAAUUUCUUCUUCAUAGAUGCACAGUUUAGAGGGAUUCAAGGAAAAUUGGUGAUCCACUAUGACCACGGAUUCAGCUUUUUCGGUGACAGCGACGGGAAAAACUCUUCUAAGCCAAUUUGGAGUUAUGCUUUUGAUCGUCUCCGGCAUUCCUCCGACGAUGGAUUGCGAUUGUUGGUUUUGCGGUUUGCUGAGGAACCUUCCCAGGAUAUG